AUGCAGAAAAGUAAGAUGAAGGGGACCUCCUCAGGAAAAAAGACAGCUGGUCCCCAGCAGAAAUCUGGCAUCAGCACUCCCAGGUGGAUGGCGGGGAUCGCUCUGCAGAGAACCCCCUUCAGGGUCCGUGAGGAAGACAAGAAAGGACAGAGGACCCCUGGGGACAGAGGUGGUGGCAGCACCAGUGAAGCACCUCAGCCACCUCAGAAGAAAAGGGCCCGGGCAGACCCCACUGUUCAAAGUGAGGAGCCAUUUAAGAAUAGAAUGGAAGUUAAAGCGAGGAUUCCAGAAGAAUUAAAACCAUGGCUUGUUGAGGACUGGGACUUAGUUACCAGGCAGAAGCAGCUGUUUCAACUCCCUGCUGAGAAAAAUGUAGAUGCCAUUCUGGAAGAGUAUGCAAAUUGUAAGAAAUCACAGGGAAAUGUUGAUAAUAAGGAGUAUGCAGUUAAUGAAGUUGUGGCAGGAACAAAAGAGUAUUUCAGUGUGAUGCUGGGCACUCAGCUAUUCCACAAAUUUGAGAGGCCCCAGUAUGCUGAAAUCCUCUUGACUCACCCUGAUGUGCCAAUAUCCCAGGUUUAUGGGGCACCACACCUAUUGAGAUUAUUUAUAAGAACUGGAGCAGUGUUGGCAUACCCACCCCUUGAUGAGAAGAGCCUUGCGUUAUUGUCGGGCUAUCUGCAUGAUUUCCUAAAAUAUCUGGCAAAGAAUGCGGCGUCUCUGUUUGCUGCCAGUGAUUAUAAAGUGGCUUCUGCUGAGUACCACCGCAAAGCCCUGUGAGGGUCUACUGUCCACUCACUGUUAAGUCUGGUAUCUGUAAACAC